CACAGAUAACACAACUCAAGAACAUUGAGCUAAUCAACAAUACGAAAAAUGCGCAUAAAUCAACGCUCGAGAUGCGCACAACAUUGAAGAGCAACAACAGCCAGAAGGAGCUGCAGCAGCAGCAGAUUGAAGAUGGAGCCACCACAUGGAUGACAACGCUGCUAAAUGGCCAUGCCACAGCCAAGACAAAGGACAACAAUUCGGACACGGAUUCGGCACUCUCAUCGGCACCGCCUUCGAUUAGUCCACAGCCGCCUUCAAGUGGCUCCGACAGCGGUGUCAUCUGGCAGACUCUGCAGGAUCUGGACAAACUGCAGAAGGAAGCGGAAAUGUAUCACAAGGAGAACGAACGUCUGCAAGCCGAAGUGCAGCUGAUGAAACAGGAGCUGGAGAGCGCCGAAAAGGCAGCCAUCAGCCACACGCAUAUCAAUGAGCUGAUGCAGCGCAUCAAGGAGCUUGAGGAGCAGCAAAUGCACAACAGCGACGAGUCCAACGAGCUGCGCGAACAGAAUGAACUUCUCGAGUUUCGCAUACUCGAACUAGAGGAUGAUAGCGAUAAG